UCACUUAGCCUAAUGUCUUCAAAGUUCAUCCAUGUUGUAAUACGUGUCAGAAUUUCCUCGGUGCGACCAGUCACAGCUCUGCAGAGGUUACUGUGAUUUUGCCCCUGAAGGAUCUGUCCACAACUUAGGAACUCACACAGCUUUUGGCCUGAGCCCCCGUUACCGAGAGAAAGGAGGUUUUUGCCAAAGACUCCAAGGGGAGUGCACUUGAUGCUGGUCGGGACCCAAAGCACCCAGCCCUCCCUGAGACAUUGUGUGAGUCCGCCUGGGCCUCAGACACAGCCCCCACUGCCCCACCCCAGCCAGGGUGGUGCUUGUGUGGGAAGGACUUUAAAUCCAGCUGCCAGACCCCUGGACGGGAGAAGGAGAGACGGCUGGCCACCAUGCACGGCUCCUGCAGUUUCCUGAUGCUUCUGCUGCCGCUGCUGCUACUGCUGGUGGCCACCACAGGCCCCGCUGGAGCCCUCACAGAUGAGGAGAAACGUUUGAUGGUGGAGCUGCACAACCUCUACCGGGCCCAGGUAUCCCCGCCGGCCUCAGACAUGCUGCACAUGAGAUGGGACGAGGAGCUGGCCGCCUUCGCCAAGGCCUACGCACGGCAGUGCGUGUGGGGCCACAACAAGGAGCGCGGGCGGCGCGGCGAGAAUUUGUUCGCCAUCACCGACGAGGGCAUGGACGUGCCACUGGCCAUGGAGGAGUGGCACCACGAGCGUGAGCACUACAACCUCAGCGCCGCCACCUGCAGCCCAGGCCAGAUGUGCGGCCACUACACGCAGGUGGUUUGGGCCAAGACAGAGAGAAUCGGCUGCGGUUCCCACUUCUGUGAGAAGCUCCAGGGUGUUGAGGAGACCAACAUCGAAUUACUGGUGUGCAACUACGAGCCCCCGGGAAACGUGAAGGGGAAACGGCCCUACCAGGAGGGGACUCCGUGCUCCCAAUGUCCCCCUGGCUACCGCUGCAAGAACUCCCUCUGUGAACCCAUCGGAAGCCCGGAAGAUGCUCAGGAUUUGCCUUACCUGGUAACUGAGGCCCCAUCCUUCCGGGCAACUGAAGCCUCAGACUCUAGGAAAAUGGGUACUCCUUCUUCCCUAGCAACGGGGAUUCCGGCUUUCUUGGUAACAGAAGUCUCAGGCUCCCUGGCAACCAAGGCUCUGCCUGCUGUGGAAACCCAGACCCCAACUUCCUUAGCAACGAAUGCUCCGCCCUCCAUGGCAACAGAGGCUCCACCUUCCGUAACAACUGAGGUCCCUUCCAUUUUGGCAGCUCACAGCCUGCCCUACUUGGAUGAGGAGCCAGUUACCUUCCCCAAACCGACCCAUGUUCCUAUCCCAAAAUCAGCAGACAAAGUGACAGACAAAACAAAAGUGCCCUCCAGGAGCCCAGAGAACUCUCUGGACCCCAAGAUGUCCCUGACAGGGGCAAGGGAGCUCCUACCCCAUGCCCAGAAGGAGGCUGAGGCUGAGGCUGAGUUGCCUCCUUCCAGUGAGGUCUUGGCCUCAGUUUUUCCAGCCCAGGACAAGCCAGGUGAGCUGCAGGCCACACUGGACCACACGGGGCACACCUCCUCCAAGUCCCUGCCCAAUUUCCCCAAUACCUCUGCCACCGCUAAUGCCAAGGGUGGGCGUGCCCUGGCUCUGCAGUCGUCCUUGCCAGGUGCAGAGGGCCCUGACAAGCCUAGCAUCGUGUCAGGGCUGAACUCGGGCCCUGGUCAUGUGUGGGGCCCUCUCCUGGGACUACUGCUCCUGCCUCCUCUGGUGUUGGCUGGAAUCUUCUGACGGGGAUACCACUCAAAGGCAAGGCCUGGUGCGGGGGGCCCUGGCCUCAUGCCCACCUGGAUUGUCUUCCUCCAAGUGAGAGGCCACAGCUUCCUGGGCAGGUCCUGCUCUGUGGCCCAGCAGCCCCCCUUCAUCCCAACUUCUGUCCAGAUUCCAGGCCAGCACUCUUGUCCUCCUGGGAGGUGUCUACAGGGCCAGCCCCUGGCACUGCCCCAGGAGUGCCUCGGCUCUGGGUAGGCCCAUCCUUCAGCUGGCUGCAGACUGUUCUGAGUGGUAUUUACAUGUGCCCACUCUCAGGUUGUCCUGUGGCCAUCAGCUUCUCUCCCAGACAGGAUCUCAGGCUUCCCUGGAACCCCCGGGCCCCUCCCAGUCCCCUGGCCUCUUCCUUGAGCCAUCUGAGUCCAGGACUGUUCCCCAGAAGUGCCUCUUGCCUUCUCAGGGUGAAGAGGUCAGCUGUCCUCCUGUCAUCUUCCCCACCCUGUCCCCAGCCCCUAAACAAGAUACUUCUUGGUUAAGGCCCUCUGGAAGGGAAAGGCUUCCGGGGCAUGUGCCUCAUCACACCAUCCUGGAGGCACAAGGCCUGGCUGGCUAUGAGCUCAGGGGGCCACCUGAGGACCGCACACCGGGACCACACCUCAUCUGCCCCUCCCUCCUGAGUCCUGGGGGUGGGAGGAUUUGAGGGAGCUCACUGCCUACCUGGCCUGGGGCUGUCUGCCCACACAGCAUGCGCGCUCUCCCUGAGUGCCUGUGUAGCUGGGGACGGGGAUUGCAAGGGGCAGAUGAAGGACAAGCCCCAUUGGAGUGGGGUUCUCUCUCUGAGUGGGGGAGGCAGGGACGAGAGAAGGAAAGCAACUCCUGACUCUCCAAUAAAAAUCUGUCCAACCUGUGGCAA